GAUGUGGCUUUUAUUUGCUUCCGGGAGAAGGUUCGCGUACAGUAAGCAGUUUGUUACCCAGCAAAAUAUAACUAUCUCACAAUUUGUUUGCUUUCAUAGUUUCCAUCCCGAUAUUUAUGUUUAUUUUACGCGAGUGCUUGAGCAACUGAACUAUGCUCACAGGUUAAUUGUUAUUUUUUUUACUUGAAACACUUGUUUAAAAAUGUCCUGCUGUCAAAACAAGCUAAAGCUAGCUUUGAGGAGCUAGAAGAGCAUGCAACCGAUUUAGUGUUGACUACAUAACAUUAGACCAGAGUAGCAAUAAUGGCCACUCGGAAGACCUUCACAGACUCGGACACUGCAGAUGAAGCAGUGAGGGCGACGUGUGACGAUGCAACGACAUGCAAAAGGUUUGCUACCAGUAAAGGCUACUGGAAGGACCCAUACAUCCAGUACUUCACAAGAUCUCCAGGAGAGCGAAAAGCACCUGAAAUCAACAGAGGGUACUAUGCUCGUGUUCAAGGGGUAAACCAUCUCCUUAAUACAUUUAUAAAGAAAGCUAAUUGUGACUGUCAAGUAAUCAACCUUGGGGCUGGAUUGGACACAACAUUCUGGAGACUCAAGGAUGAAAAUUCCCUACCGAGGAAGUUUUUUGAAGUCGACUUUCCAACUGUUGUUGCCAGGAAAAUACACAAUAUUAAAACGAAACCGCCAUUGUCCAAACCUAUCAUCGAAACCCACUCUACAGACUCUUUACUCUUAGAUGCCCACAGUUUGGACUCGGACCGUUACUGUAUCAUCGGUGCAGAUCUCAGAGACGUUUCUAAUUUGGAUGAGAAACUGAAGAAGUUCCAGCUUAAUCCGGAAUUACCUACUUUAUUCCUGUCAGAGUGUGUGCUGGUUUACAUGACACCAUCUCAGUCCUCAAACCUUGUUCACUGGGCAGCAGAAACGUUUCACACCGCCAUGUUCAUCAACUAUCAACAGGUAAACAUGAGCGACCGAUUUGGCCAGGUGAUGAUCGAGAACCUGCAGAGACGCAACUGUAGCUUGGCAGGAGUGGAGACCUGUCAAUCUCUGGACUCUCAGACGGAGUGGUUUCUGAAGACUGGCUGGGAACAUGCUGAUGCUCUGGACAUGAUGACAAUCUACAGUCUGCUCCCUCAAGAGGAUAUAGCGAGAAUUGAGAAACUGGAGUUCCUGGAUGAGAAGGAACUGUUGCAGCAACUUCUUCAACACUACAGCAUAUGUUGGGCCACUAAAGACAAACUUAAGCUGGGUUUGUCGCAGCUGACAUUUUAAUUGCUACUAAAACUGCUUCAUUGUUUGAAUCCAUUUCACAUGUCAGUGCCACGAGAAGGACAACACACGCACAUACACACACACACAACAACACACAUACACACACAACCACACUCACAAAGUGCUUGUUUGGGAGCAGCUCAAGUAGGAAGACUCUCAGCGUCAGCAGAAAAAGUGUGUCCUUCGUGUAGAAGAUAAGAUUUUACCGUGAGACCUGUGAAGAGAUUUGUCAGAUCACUGGCACUGGAUUAACAGCGGUAAACAAGUCAAACAAGAAUGUUUGUUGCCUGAAGAAGUUCAUAUGUUGGUCCUGAAGACGUUCAUGACACUUUACACACAAUAUUGUUCCGUUGUCUUUUUGAACUCAUUUUGUUGCAGAACGUGUGUGCUUGCUGCUAUGUCAAACUGCAAAAAAAAAAAUUAAUGAAUAUGAAACUGCUGCUUAAUUUGCAUUUGCCUCUAAAUGUUAUUCUGCUCUUGCUUCUGAGCAAAGAGAACAUGAACAACCGUCAGUUUGAAAUAGAUUAGAUUAUGAUAUGUGCUGUUGAUAUGUGUUGUUGAAGUGCGGAUGAAUAAAGAAAAUGUCAUUUUAUGUAUGA